AUUGGUCGGUGGGAACUGGGGCUGCCUGCAGGAGCCUGGACCCACGUGGAGCUGGCGGCCGUUGAUUGAGCCGGAGGGAGGGGCCGCACCGAGCACCGGGAGACUGGGCCCUACUGGAGACUGGCUCCUCCUACUGCGGGGCCCGGACACAUCUUACAAACUUCAGAGAACAGUACCACUACCUCCUUGAAAGAUGUUCCCACAAAACAGACCCCCAACACAUUUACAGGCAUCCGUGGCAGGAGGGGCAACAUCGGGACCCCCUCAGAGCCUUAAACUCACCUAUCCUGAGACAUUGGACAGAAUCAAGGAGGAAUUCCAGUUUCUUCAGAGUCAAUACCACAGUUUAAAGAUGGAGUGUGAGAAACUUGCAACAGAGAAAACUGAAAUUCAGCGUCAUUAUGUCAUGUACUAUGAAAUGUCAUAUGGGCUGAAUAUUGAAAUGCACAAACAGACAGAAAUUGCCAAACGCUUGAAUGUUAUCUGUGCCCAGCUGGUACCCUUUUUAUCCCAAGAGCACCAGCAGCAGGUUGUUCAAGCUGUAGAACGAGCUAAGCAAGUGACUAUGGCGGAGUUGAACGCUGCCAUCGGGGUACGUUUCAUCCCCCCUCAGCUGACCGUGCACCAGCUACAGGCCCAGCACCUUUCUCACCACGCACCUCCAAUUCCUUUAACGCCCCAUCCAUCCAGUCUUCAACCUCCCAGCCUAGCUGCUGCCACCAGCGCCUCCAGCCUUCUAGCACUGUCUGGUGUCCUUGGUUUGCAAAGUCAACUGGCUGCCAAAGAGGGUCUCUCAGAUGCAGAUCACAGAGAAAGGGACCCAGGGCCUAGCUGUGUAACUCUUCCAAAUGGGGAACGUGUACGGACAUUAUCAGAUUAUCUAAACAGCAACAAAAAACGUAAAACUGAUGAGAAAGAUUUCGGCACAGAUUAUGGCAGUGAUGCUGACCGAAGUGAGGAUAAUCUUGUGGUGGAUGAGGACCCUGCUUCCCCUCAUAGUGUCCAUUCCUAUUCCUCACGGGAGAACGGUGUGGAGAAGUCAAACCUGCAGAGGAAAGAUCCUCCCCCUGCUAGCCCAAAUUCCAUGACCUCAUCCAGCAGCGUAUCCCCCUCCAGGAACAAAGACCUCCCUUCGCAAGUGGAAAAAGCAGGUACUCCAGGCUUGAAGUCCAGCACACCAAACUCUCAGAGUGACCUGAGCACACCAGGACCUAGUGGUACCAGUGCCUCUCAGUUUCGACCUCUCUCUGGCAAAGCUGCCAUUGAUCCUAUUGCAUUGGGACUCCGGACACCCCUGGGUGGGCAAGGAGGCUACCCUGCAGCAUUCAGUAUUGCUCACCCAUCUGUGAAUGCAGAAGGAGCUGGAGCGUAUGCUGGUCUUCACCUCAUGUCUCCACAGAUCAAUGGUGCGACAGCUGGUGGAACCUAUGGACGAUCCUCUCUAGUUAGUUAUGACCCUCAUGCCCACAUGCGAGGAUUGGGAGCAGCCAUUCCAGGAGCAUCAUCUGGAAAACCGGCAUACUCCUUCCACGUUAGUGCAGAUGGUCAGAUGCAGCCAGUACCAUUCCCUCCUGAUGCCCUUAUUGGCUCCGGUAUCCCUCGCCAUGCCAGACAGCUCCACACACUGAACCAUGGGGAGGUGGUCUGUGCAGUGACAAUUAGCAACUCCACACGUCAUGUCUACACUGGAGGCAAGGGUUGUGUCAAAGUGUGGGACGUGGGCCAGCCGGGCACAAAAACCCCUGUGGCACAGCUAGACUGCCUGAACAGGGAUAAUUACAUACGCUCCUGCAAGCUCCUUCCGGAUGGACGCAGCCUGAUUGUUGGAGGAGAGGCGAGCACACUGUCCAUAUGGGAUUUGGCAUCACCAACUCCCAGGAUAAAGGCAGAGCUUACUUCCUCAGCACCAGCUUGUUAUGCCCUUGCUAUUAGCCCAGAUGCCAAGGUUUGCUUCUCCUGCUGCUCUGAUGGUAACAUUGUUGUUUGGGAUCUUCAGAACCAGACUCUUGUCAGGCAGUUUCAGGGCCACACAGAUGGUGCCAGUUGUAUAGAUAUUUCUCACGAUGGUACCAAACUUUGGACUGGAGGUCUGGAUAACACUGUGCGUUGCUGGGACUUGAGGGAGGGCCGACAACUCCAACAGCAUGACUUCAACUCUCAGAUUUUCUCUCUUGGAUACUGUCCUACAGGCGAGUGGCUGGCUGUGGGCAUGGAGAGCAGCAAUGUUGAAGUGUUACAUGUUUCUAAGCCUGACAAAUAUCAGCUACAUCUUCAUGAGAGCUGUGUCCUGUCACUGCAGUUUGCUUCAUGUGGUAAAUGGUUUGUGAGUACUGGGAAGGACAACUUGCUGAAUGCCUGGAGAACACCAUAUGGUGCCAGCAUAUUUCAGUCAAAAGAAUCUUCGUCUGUUCUGAGCUGCGAUGUAUCCACUGAUGACCAGUUCAUCGUCACAGGUUCUGGAGACAAGAAAGCCACAGUCUAUGAGGUCAUCUACUGAAGGGCACGUCUUAUCCAAACUUUUGGGUUUCCCUCCAAUUGCACGGACCUUUUAAGGGUGUUCCUCUGUCCACUUGGGGUAGUUUUGUUUUUAGGUGUAUAUUUUAUCUGUACUGGGCUGCGUGUAUUUAAUAAUAAAACAUGAAAAAAAUA